AUGGCCUCCAUCCCGCUACUGGCGCCGCUGGUGUGCGCGGAGUCUCAGGCGCUCGCGUACCUGGGCACGGGCUACAACAUUAUCACCGGGGACCCUCACACGGAGCAAGACAGAGACCCCGGGUGGAAACGUGACAUCAUCUCCCGCAGCUACCUGAAAGAAGAGUGGGUGAAGCCUGAUGGGAGGUGCUCUUACGAUGCGACCAACUUCCAGAUCACCGGUGCCAAGAGUGCUCAGACGUAUAGGAAGAGCGAGUGGAACAGCAAGACCAGCAUCAACCAAAUCAACAUCUUCCAUGCGGCCUUCACCGCCAGCUCCUCCGUGCAGAACAUGGACAAGGAAAGCCGGAGCAAUGGCUUCACCUUCUUCGAGACGAGGGCCGAGUGCCACUUGAAGACGGCUAAGCUUCCGGCUCCCUCCGUCAAGUACGAGUUCACUGCGGACUUUGAGGCUGCUGUGAAGGCCAUCCCAACCGACGGUUCCGCUGAAUCGUCGAAGUGGAUCAUCGACAAUAUCAUCGGAAAUUUCGGCACGCACUACACAGACACAAUCUGCUCCGGUGGACUUAUGGGCAAGAGGUCGUGGAUGAGCAAACAGAGCUUCGAUUCUCUCCAGGAGACGGCAAAGCAGAAGGGCUUCAGUCUAGACAUUGCCGCCAAGGGCACUUUCUGGAAAAUCACCGAUCCCCACAACUCCGAAGGCCACACUACCAACGACGAUGCCACGCAGGCCUUCCAGGAAGCGAUUCAGUCCGGCGGAAGCUCAAGCUUUUGCAUUGGCUGCAGCUCCUUCGUAGCGGGCGACGCAGAGAAGUGGGGUGAUCAGGUGAAGGAGAACAUGGAGCCGAUUGGAUCCUCCAGCAACCUUCUGGUGGCCAUCAGCGAGCUUCUCAUCCCGAUCCACUUCCCGAAUGCCGAUGCAGAGGUGCUGAGACUUCAGAAAGCCACGGUGGAGCGUCUAUGCUAUCAGAGCGAAGGCUGCACAACAAAUCCGAAGGAUCGGCUCGACAUCCCGCCGCGGACCAUCCUGGAGGGCUCAUACGUAACUUCCGUGCAGUGGUCUCCCAAUGGAGGAACCAUCGUCUCCGGCUCCUCGGAUAACCUGGUUCGUGUGUGGGAUGCCGUGACCGGCAACUGCUUGCAGACCCUCACGGGCCACAUGGCUGAGGUGUCUUCGGUGGCGUACAGCCCUGAUGGAACCCGCAUCCUUUCAGGAAGUUGGGACAAUACCAUCAAAAUUUGGGAUGCCGUGACCGGCAACUGCUUGCAGACCCUCACCGGCCACAUGGACGAGGUGUUUUCGGUGGCCUACAGCAAGGAUGGAGCCCACAUGCUUUCAGGAAGUGGGGACGAGACCAUCAGGGUCUGGGAUGCUGCGACCGGCAACUGCUUGCAGACGCUCACGGGCCACACCUCAUUCGUGUGGUCGGUGGCUUACAGCCCUGAUGGCACCCACAUCCUUUCAGGAAGUUGGGAUAAUUCCAUCAAGAUCUGGGACGCAGUGACCGGCAACUUCUUGCAGACGCUCACGGGCCACACGAGUUGGGUGCAUUCGGUGGCUUACAGCCCUGAUGGCGCCCACAUCCUUUCAGGAAGUCGUGACUAUUCCAUCAAGAUCUGGGACGUAGUGACCGGCAACUGCUUGCAGACCCUCACGGGUCACACGGCUGAGGUGUCUUCGGUGGCGUACAGCCCUGAUGGCACCCACAUCCUUUCGGGAAGUUAUGACGAGACCAUCAGGGUGUGGGAUGCCGUGACCGGCAACUGCUUGCAGACCCUCACGGGCCACACGCAUUGGGUGUUUUCGGUGGCUUACAGCCCUGAUGGCACCCACAUCCUUUCAGGAAGUGGUGAAAAUUCCAUCAAGAUCUGGGAUGCUGCGACCGGCAACUGCUUGCAGACGCUCACGGGCCACACGAAUGAUGUUGUGAAUUCGGUGGCGUACAGCCCGGAUAGUGCCCACAUCCUUUCAGGAAGUGGCGACAAGACCAUCAGG